AUGGAUGCGUUAAACGAAUGGAGCACGACUCUUCUAGAGAAUCCGCCCGUCCCAGAAAACAACCCGUACACCAACACAUGGUAUUCAAAUAGCGACAAAAGUCUACCACACAUUCUCAACGACGGCGACUUCGCCGAUACCCCGGGAUCCACCAUCUCCGACGACGUCUCCAAGACGAUGCGCAAGCACUUCCGGCCCGGGGCGCUGGCAUACAUCUGGAGCCGCGAGAACGCCUUUAUUGUCAAAAUUUCCCGUAAGGUCGAGGGCAAGCCCCCCUGUGACUUUGAUCUCUCGAAUUGGGGUAUCGACGAGGUUUACUGCGAUGGCGGCACGGCAUAUUUCUUCACCACGCCGUUUGACACCUCUAAUCUGUCCAAGCGGACGAUGGAUGCUCCCGCCGGGUACAAAUCGCUGAGUGACUAUGACAUGACGCCGGAUAUUUUGAUCAGGUCUUCUAUCGUGGCCCAGGCGAGUUCCGGCUACUUUAAGCAGUGGACUCUCGAGGAAUCCUUGGAUUUCUUCAGCACUGAGACUGAUAUGCCCAUUGAGAUGUUCAAUGCGCCAAUCUGCGACCUGGACAAGGUGAAGAAUUGGGAUAAUAACAAGGGGAUGGGAUAUUCUUAUAAAAACACUGAGCUUCGACAGAAUAUCAAGUUCUGCGUGGAUCAAAAGGAUCAGAACGGGGUUAAGUGGCCCUACCAAUGGAACAAAUUCCUGUGGUAG